AUGGGCAGUGGGUCCUGGAUCGUACAAGAGGGGUUUCUACUCUACAAACGCGAUGACACAAAGGUCCAGACUCAUCAUCCGACACUAACAAGAGCAACAAGAACGACUGAUAAUCGUACAAACCUCGAAGAAUUGUACGUUGUGCUUACAAUGAAUCGAAAGCUCGACUUCUUUAACGAGAGCGAUCCUGCGACACGGAACAAGAUACAAUCGGUUUACCUUCAAGGGUUUGCAGGAUGGGAUGGAGAUGGAUUAUUAACGGCUGAUUCAUACGGUCUUGAGCUGAAAGUCGAGCGUCAUAUGAAAUCACGAAUGCAUUUAGCAGCUUUUAAUCGGAUCGAUCUUGAAAAAUGGUGUCGUGGUUUUAUGGCGGUGUUGGAUCCACAGAGUGCAGUGGGGGAAGAAGUUCGACGUGAACGACGUCGGGUAAAGAAGGAGGAGAAACGGAUGCAGGAAGAGAGAGAGGAGAAAAUACGGAAAUGGAAGGAAAAGAAAGCCAAGAUGAUAAAGGAAGAGCAGGACCGACUGUUGGCGAGAGAAGAAGAGAUUAACAAUAUGACGCCAUUGGAACGAGUGGACGGACUCGGGUCACUUGAUGAUGAUACGGCCAGAAUGCUGGAAAAACGAAAAUUGAGAUGGCAACGUCGACAAGCACCAACGACUGGGAGAGUGAAUAAAGCAGCGUAUCGACGACGGAUGGAAGAAGCGGCGGGUGGCAAGACGGAUAAUGUCCAGCCACUGUAUGGAAAGAUUGUGGAACAGAAAACUAAAGUUCGUGUGGAACUUCCUCCUCCUGGACAGUUUUUUGAAGUCGGUGGAGUUGUACACAACGAUGCCUCAAUGCGCCUGGGUUCUUCUGGAAGCGAUGUGUCGGACAGCACAUCGAUGUCGUCACGGCUUUCUUCUGUUUCGUCUGCCGCAGGAUCCAGGUAUGAUGGUGGUACGUGCAACGUGCCUCCUACGCCGCCACGCUGGUCUGCGAGUAGCUCUCGAGUUUCGAUGUCUUCCAGAACGUCGAUAACCAUUCUGCCGCCACCACCUCCACCUCCACUCUUUGACCGCCAGAGCUUUAACGAUCGAGAGUCUCAUCUUUCAAGAUCCAGCAGCAGUUUGCGCAGUUCAUCGUUCGACUCUUUCGCUUUCGAUCGGGACGAAGAUCCUGUGGCAUCUCAGUCUUCAUUCUCGCAAAGUAGGAGCCGUCUUGCACCGGUGGAAAAUGGCAGAGAGAAUAUUCAGAGCAAUUUGGCAGCCAUUUUAGGUGGCGGAAGGCCAAAAUCUGCGUCACAAGCUUCUCGCUCAAGCUACCGACGAGACUCGUUUGGGUCGACUAGAAGUCCGAUAAGGACUGCGUCGUUUGCAAUACCCGAACGAAAGUCAAGAACAAAUCACAACCGAUCGGAUAGCAGCAGCGGUCCUCGUACCUUGGAACCUUCGAUGGCAAAUGCGUUUGCUUCAAGUCUUGCUGCAAUUCGCCGCAAUCGUGCUGAUACGGUUGAAGAAGUGAGCGUUGCCAACAGUGCUGCAAGUCCGGCAGCAAGCACCAGAGUCAACGGCAGUGUGCGCGAUCGAAAACGUAACUCUCAGCUCAGUGCUGAGGGAAAAGAGAUACUGAAGAAAGCAAUGAGCAGUAAUGGCGCGCAAGAGGCAACGUUCACAGUCAAGACAACAUCCAAUUCAAGUCGCAGGGGACUUUUUGAUGACAGUAGCAGCGAUGAAGAUGAAGGAAUGGACACUGGUUUGUUUGGUGCGGGUGUGCGACAGCGCAAGGCGGCGAACAGCACUUCUCAUGCUUCAAAUAGUAUACGUUCGAGUGAUUUGCGUGUGGACGCACGCUCGAAAGCAGAGAAGAAGGCUAAUUCUGAGCCAUCUCUGAACAGCGAUGCGGAUCUAUCAAGUGACUCCGAAUCCGACAACGAAACGUCAUUCUUUGCACAGCCACGCAAUACUGCAGUCUCAAGCCUACGUAAUGUCACUACAAAUAACGUCGGAGCCGGUGGUGCAGGACCGAGUGUUGUUGUGCUGUUCAUGACGUCGGCACUGCGCACCGAGGGCAAAAAGUCAGUCGGCGUAUUCACGUUUACGCUUCAGUUCGGGAACUUGGAGCACAGCUUUUCAUUUACGUACUCGGAGUUUGAAGAAAUACACACGCGGUUGGCAUCGGCUUUUCCGGGGAUCACGUUGCCGAAGUUUCCUUCAAAGCAUCGCUUGCGCAACAACACGAAACCCGAGAACAUGGAAAAGCGUGCGCAAGAGUUUCGCUUGUACUUGCAACAGUUGGUUGCAUUACCUGAGGUGUUAUCGAGUGAGCGGUUCCAUUUUGAAUAUCAUAUUGAUGGUGGCUUUGCGCGAGCAUUGAUGAACGAUCAAAAGACUAACAGAAGUCCAGCAAGUACCACCCCUCCCGAUGAUCGACCUCAGAGGAGUCCAGCUGCACCGGUGUCAAGACAGGAGCGAGUACCACCCGCUUCUUUGUCUCGACUCGUAAGUCCUCCUGUCCAAAGUGCUAAACGGAGGGAAUCCAAGGGGCUUUUUGGCUUGAACGACUCUGAUUCCGACCCAGAGUCUGACUCGUCGGUGGACACUCCAAAGACUUCAGGAAAGCCACAUCGGCGCACAUCUGCAGCAUCGUCAACUCAGCGGAGGAAUUCGAUAAUGUCGGAGCUGUCGAGCAGUAAUAUCACUUCGGUUCCUGGAGAAGGUAAGAAGAGAGGAUCACGUUCGCGAUUGAGCUCUCGAGCGAGUUCUCGGGCAAGCUUUGCUUUUCCUCUUACAGAGUCUCCAAAGCCGGUUGUGUCGGGCCUUCCUCCUGGACGCCCGAAUCCGUUUGCAGGCGGUCGUGGCGAUCUGCUUGCCGCAAUCCGGCAGGGCGCUGAGCUGAAGAAAAGUACUGGAGAAUUGGCAGAUAGCAGCUCGUCUAUAGGUGCAUCGGCCACUGUAAAACCUCCGCUACCACCACCGCCUUCCCUCACGCAACCAGGUUCCAUUAACGAAGCUAUCACAAAUGCUAUGGCAAUGCGGCGUAUCCACGUGGAAUAUGAGGAGACAGCAUCAAACGCAGAGUCGGACUCGGAUGACGAUUGGGACUAG